UCGUUUAACUUUAGACAGAUCAUCCAAAAUAAAAGUCAAGAUGAGUUCAAGUUCUUCGUCUGCAAAGCCGGAAUCAUCACCGGAUCAUGAAGAAAUUUUCCUUGAAAAUUAUUUUGAGACCCUGAGCCACUUGGCAUUUGACAAGGCUAAGGAGCAAUUGGAGAAGGAGAAAGAGGCAAGCCGGACAUCAAGCAGUACUAGUGGAGGGGGUAGUUGGACCACGCUCCUCAAUUCCCUGGCAUUCCUCAAUGCUGCAGAAAAGAGCUACACCUCACUCACUUUCCUAGAACUGAAGUGGUUCGCCAGAAAAGAGUCUACCAGGAAGGGCCUGUACACAGUGGCGAUGGGGGAACUGAGGCGGAUUGAAGCCAAGUGCCUUGAUGUGGGGUCAUUUGAAGGUCAGGGGUCAUUGUCCUCUAGAGACAGACUCCUGGCUCAUCUAUGUGAGCAGCUGAGCCACUUCAUAGAAGCCAGGCAGGACCUCAUGAAUAUAUAUGAGCGCCUGUGUACCCUCGGAAUACAGAAGAAUGAAGUGGACUUUGGGGAACUUAAAAUAGCUGUGGAGGACAUCAAAGAGAGGACCUCCAAGCGGUUUCAUCACCCUGUCCUGGUCCCGAUCCGUAACGGCUUCAGUGUAGAGUUAGAGCUUCUUCUCACACUAAUGCAGACUGAAUGUAACAUGUCUUCAUGGAGGUUCCUCCCUGCUUUACUAUGUCUACAGGACUCCCAUGCUAAGCUGGAUGCAUGGGGAGCUGCCUUCAAAGCUAAAGACCCCAAGAAGAAGUUAUAUGCCCUGGUACAGGUGAAAAACUCAGGCAUUCCUCCACUCUUCAUUUGGUUGGUUAAGAUGCAGGGAGCUCAAAUAUCUAAGUUCAGCCUAUACUUCCACAGCACACUAAGCAAACAGGCCCCACCAGGAGAGAUGAAAACACACCUGUCUAACCUUCCCAUUGAUUAUUACAACAAGAUUGUGACCUUUCAGCGUAAGACAGAUGCCUACAAUAUCUCUCUGGUGCUAAACACCCAGGCGUCUGGCAUCAACUUCCAGGGGCUUGGGUAUCACUUCCCAUCAGCUCUCACCGAACCCCCCACCGGUAUGGACAGCUACCCUGCCAUCUUCUCCUACCCAAACGAGCGACCUACAAACCUAUGGCCUAACAUUGUCAUGUUGAUUAUGACGAAACAUGAAGCAGCUCCUUUAGACAGUAUUACAUACGAAUGCGACAAGAUAAGUAAACUGCCCCAAUUGAUGACUUACUUUAUUGGUCAUGUGGACAGGAGGAUGAACCUUGUCGUUCUAUUUGAGAGCAAGAAAUCUGAGAGAGAUUCCACCACUAAUAGCUUCAUCCAAGAAAUGUGUAGCCUUCUACGAGGAAGCAGAUUGCUAGCUAGUCUUAGACCUGGUACUAAAAGUUGAGCCUGGUACUUAGAGCUGAGACUAGACCCUUCAUCACGAUGGAUUGGAACUGAUUGUUAGCUAGGCUUAGACCUGGUACUAAGGGUUGAGACUAGACCCUUCAUCAAGAUGGAUUGGAACUGAUUGUUGGCUAGGCUUAGACCUGGUACUAAGAGCUGAGUCUAGACCCAGAAC